GAGUGAGCUCCUGCCCAUUUUACCAUGGAGGACUCGGGAAAGACUUUUGGAUCAGAGGAGGAAGAAACAAACUAUUGGAGAGACCUGGCCAUGACCUACAAGCAGAGGGGAGAAGAUUUACCUGGUCUAUCAAAAUAGACUGUUGCUGGAAAGAUGGUUCGAGGUUAAGAGCACUUGUUGCUUUUGCAGAGGAUCCAGGGUUAAGUUCCAGCACCCACAUGGUUGGUGCCUUACAACCAUCCUUAACUCCAGUUCCUGGGGAUCUGAUACCUUCUUCUGACCUCCUUGGGCACCAGGCAUGCAGGCAAAACACUCAUACACAUAAAAUAAAAUUGAAAAAAAGGGCAGAGAGUACACAGGAGGAACUCCGAGAAUUCCAGGAAGGAAGCCGGGAAUACGAAGCUGAAUUGGAGACUCAGCUGCAGCAGAUUGAAACCAGGAACCGGGACCUCCUGUCAGAGAAUAACCGCCUUCGAAUGGAGUUAGAGGCUGUGAAGGAGAAGUUUAAAAUGCAGCAUUCAGAAGGCUACCGUCAGAUCUCGGCCUUGGAGGAUGACCUGGCUCAGACAAAAGCCAUUAAAGAUCAACUGCAGAAAUACAUCCGGGAACUGGAACAAGCCAAUGAUGACCUGGAGAGAGCCAAACGAGCCACAAUCAUGUCCUUGGAUGACUUUGAGCAUCGUUUGAAUCAAGCAAUCGAAAGAAAUGCCUUCCUGGAGAGCGAGCUGGAUGAGAAGGAGAAUCUUCUUGAAUCCGUGCAGAGGUUGAAGGAUGAAGCAAGAGAUCUGCGGCAGGAAUUGGCUGUGCAGCAGAAGCAAGACAAGCCCCAGACACCCAUGCCAGGCUCUGGGGAAACAGAAAGGACAGAUAUGGCUGUGCAGGUCACAGGCUCCGUACCAUCCACUCCCAUGUCUCACCGAGGACCCAGCUCUGGUUUGAACACACCAGGAGUAUUCAGACGAGGUCUGGACAGUUCUAAUAGUGGGACUCCACUCACACCUGCAGCCCGGAUAUCAGCCCUAAACAUCGUUGGGGACCUGCUUCGGAAAGUUGGGGCCCUGGAGUCCAAACUAGCAUCAUGCAGGAACUUCGUGUAUGAUCAUUCCCCAAGCCGAACAAGUGGUCUAGCUUCAGGGCGAGGAACCAAAAAUGGUGGUGACAGACGGCCAAGCAGCACCAAUGUAGGAGAUAAAGGGAACUGGGAAUGUUGCUCAGUAGACACAAGUCCCUGGGCUCACCUCUAAGCACUCCCCACUCUGAAUGAAAUGACCAAGAAGUGACAUGUGACACUUUUGUAGGGUCUUCUGAGAUUGGGGACUUUUCUGCAGCUUUUGGAAUCAGGGAACCAGGUAGCCAGUAUCCUUUUCUUCAUUUCACAGGAGAGAAAAUUGAGACCCUGUGAGACUUGUUCCUGUUCUUGACAUGCACUCCUAGAACCCUGGGGGCUCUGUGCUAGGCACUGGGAUACUGCUGUCUCUCUGUUAAAUAUGAUUUGCUCUGUCUGAAGGUCAGGAAAACGCUUGGAGUUUGGAAAGCCAGCCUCACAGCUCUCAUCACCAGCGCUGCCAUCCACCCAGGAUGUGGUCAAGCUUUUGCUUUAGGACCAAUGGGAACUGCGCCCUCACCUGCCUUACUGUCUUACCCCCUUAUAUUCAGCUUUUGGUUGUUGAAUUUUCAAGUUAAUUUGAGAAAUAAGAGCCAGCAUCACCAGCAUUUACUUUGUGCUGUGCAGCCUAAGCUGACUAAGGCUGUUGGCCAUAGACUCAGCGUCAUCCCCGUAAUGUGUCCCAGUCCCUGGCAGUGUGUGUGCCAUAGAAAUGAGCUGGUAUCCUCCUCACCCCCCAGAGCAGGCAGUUCUAAGGUAUGGAUGAUGGGGCUACCCUGUCAUUGGCUACCUAGGGUUUUAAUGGCCUCCAGAGGUGUUUUGAAUAUGCAUAAUAUUCUUCAGGGGGACUAGAGCCCAGUUCAGGAGCUCUCCUCUGCAGCCUAUUUCCAACUGGAGCUGUCUUCUGGAAUAUUCUGCCAGUGCUUUUACAGCAUGAUUAAAUUGUGUCUAGGACUGGGAGAUUACAGAGGCAUAGGGCUGUUUUAAACUAUGAUUGUGUACUUUUGCCACCUUUCUCUGUCCUGGAACUUGCUAUGUAGACCAGGAUGGCCUUGAACUUAGAAAUCUGCCUGCCUCUGCCUCCCAAGUACUGGGAUUAAAGAUGUAUGUCACCACUGCCCAGCCCUUUGACACUUUUAAUCUGCCUCAGGAUUUUAGAGGUGUGUCUGACUCUUAGGUCAGUGGGAGAUUAUCCUCUGUAGAUAAAUCCUGCCUCCUAUCUUUCCUGAGUCCCUUGCACUAAUGUUGGAGUGACUUCUGCAUCAGGACAACUCAGAGUUGGACUGGCCUUUUUUAUGCCAUCCCUAAGAACAAGACUUCAUCCAGACACCAUAGAAUAACCAGGGUGACUAAAACAUCAGAUUGAGAUCGCUGGCGGACUCUCCCUUGGGAUGUGGAGAAAUCAGUGCAGGAACUGUCUGGUCUGGGGUGAAGCACUGCCUCAUGCUUGGUCCUCAAUGGGAAGCAAUCGCACACUAAUUUCCAGAGCUAAACGGCCUUCACUUUGCUACUAACUUAUUUUCUAGUAGAUGGGGCAAAACUGGCCUUGAAUUGGACCUAGAACUUGGAGUGCUACUGACAUUCACAAAGUGGUUUUAAGCUCUGUGGCUAUUUGUUCCACUUAGACAUUCUAAUCUGGAAAAAGAUGGACUUUAUUUUUUAUAUUAAAAAAAAUAAUAAAAUAAAAUAAAAAAAAUGCC